AUGGAUUUUUACCGUGAAACUGCAAUUGAGGACUGGACGUGCGUUAAUUUGGCAGAACAUUACCAUGCGUGGUCGGGGAAAAAGGAUCUUAAAGUAGUAAUGGAUUACAUGAAAAAGGACCUCCAGAAAGUAGCAGACUAUGAAUCUGAAUUUGAAGUAAUGCGCAAAAUAAAGGCCCGAGAGAUCCUCGACAAUUGGAGGCGCAAGCUGGGACUCUUGGUCUCCAGUGAUGAACUCUUGAACUGGACUACAUCGAUAAAUAAUCUAAAACAAGAUUGUGCACGUGUCAAUGUUGGGAAUCUGCGAGUAAAGCAGGUAAACCAACUUGCAACCGGAAAUGUCGCGACAUACAAUGACAAUCGUAUAAUUCCAGGAAAGCAUCGUCGAGAUGCGAAUGAUGUUGAGAAAAUGAAUAUUGAAGAAGCUACAACACUGGCAAAGAAGGACGAGCAUAAAGAACCUCCCAUAAAAAGGACAAAAAUAGAUGAUUUUUUUCCUGUGCAUGAUGGCAUUGUAUCUAAGGACAUGACAAAUGACUGUCAUACGGAUGAUGACGUCGUGAAAUCAGCUCCAUCGAGCGAAGAAGAACUAGCACCACCAUGUCCAAAGUCUGGAAUUUCGAUAGAAAAGAGUUGGGACUCAUUUAUGAUCGAUGGAGUUGAUGUUUCAAAAUGUUUUACUUCCCUGCGCCAAUGCUUACUUAAAAAAAGUCCCGAGGUCCAUCCACCGUAUUGGGGAGUCCUUGAUUUAACAGGACAGCAUAAACCGACAAAGGAAAUGUAUUUACGAAAAUGGAACUAUUUGAUCAAUGAUUUCCGAGUUGAUGUUGGAUGGAAAAUGAUAGGGCUUGACCAGUCCGAACUAUGCUUUUUUGAUAAUAUGGAGGACUUAGGAGUUCGGCAAACAUUGCCUAUACUAAAUGCCCAUCUAACAAUAUUAAAGUCGUAUCUUGAACAUCUUAAACUACCACUUAAUGAGGGAGAACUUAUGAUCCGCUUUGUGGCCCCUGUCUUUAAUAUGAGCUUGGAUCCAAAUCAGGAAAAAUUUCGAAAACUCUGGUCUGAACAACAACUAAUAGCAAGCCAGGAAAGGCGCAGAGAAAGUCAAGAUCCUAACAAUGAGCGCGCACGUGCUGGGCAAAAGACCGAUAUUAUAAUCGAUUUACCAACAGGACCAGCUUUAGAAGGUUUCAUUUGCGAAGUCUCGGGAGGACUUCCAGCAGGUUGUCCAAAAAAAAUUUGGACAGAUAAGCUAAAACUGAUGGUUGGAAUGCGAGACAUGAUAAACAGAAUAAUAAAGACCUUUCCUGGUUUACCAUCGACGGAUUAUAUGAAAGUUGUUGUAUUCGGAUGCCAAGUUAUCGGUUUGCAGAUGAAUCUAUAUGCAAUGGAUGUCCGGACUCCAGGGAUUUAUCGUUUUGGAAUAGUUGACAAGGCUUCUUUGCCUGCUUCGGCAAAAGAGUUGCCUACAUAUGAGGCAGUGCAUGUGAUGCUACGUUCUCUAGAGCACCGAUUGAGCAAUCUUACUGAUUAUUGUACGGCUCUUAAAAUUAAACAUGCAAAGUUAAGGCGAAAACGUGAUUACAUGUAUCAAGAAGACAGUCUGGCAUUUUCAAACAACACUCCAAAUUCAUCUCCCAAGCUUCCCAGUAUUAGACCACACCUUUUCGCAAGUUGUACAAACCCAUAA